GCGUACAAUGUAUUCAUGUGAAUUAAAAUAGGCAGAUAGUAUCAAAAACUGGAAUCUUCUUUUUCGAUUAGGUUUUCUCAAAAUGUCGAGCGAAUUUCAUAAAGACCUGAUCCAUCAAUAUAAAAUCACUUGUAAUAAAUUGAAGAAAAUCCAACGAGUGUUCUUCAAGCAUUUCGCACCAAAUGUUUCAGAAGUGGCAGAUGAAUUCGGUUCAUUGGCCAAUAAUUUUAAUAACUCCUUCCUGCCAGAAUAUGCUGCCCUUUGUUAUAUGGGACAGGGAAAGUGCGAAAAAAUGAUCGGUAAUGAUGCGGCUGAAAUAGAUGCUUUGCUGAAGGCAGCCCGUGCUUUCAGGGCAGCUAACGAAAAACAAACCAAAAUUCUAACACCGAAUGUUUCCGGCGAUAAUUUGGAAGGAGCGUUUCGUUGUUACACUCAAGCACUCUUCCGAUUACCAGAUGAUUCCGUCAUCAAGGCGGCAAUUAUACGUGAACUGAAGGAGAUAAAUCCAAAUGUUGAGAUCACGAGCAAUUUCAGCUCUCCCAGCCACAGAAUAUGGGACCUAGAGCGGUCAGCAGAAGAAAAUAUACAAACUGGUGAUUACGUAGCUGCUUUCGACAAACUAACAGAAAUUUAUGACGAUAUUAAAGAGCGACGAUGUGAAGAACUGUAUCCUGAGGUCAUGGAAAGAGUUGAAGUAUCGCGACUGCUGUUACUUUGUUUGCUUCAGCUUCCUCCGUCUGUUCGAUACGAUCACAAGUUCAUUGAGCGAUAUUCAUCUAUCGCAGAGAAUAAUUUAUCAAACUGUUUGUCAGGCAACGAAACUCUAUCAGAAGAACUAUUCUACCUAUUGCAAUCCUUGGUGGUGUCAUGCCAAGCGAAAGAUGUGGAAUCGAUUAUAUCGGUCCGUGAUGAACUAGUCCGUGAUGAACUAAGCCACUGUGAACAGUUAUCUGCGUCACAACAACAGUUGUUGAAGCAACUGGUGUCUAAGUAUUCCAAAUGAUAUUAGGUGUAUCCUUUAUUUGUGCUAUUUCAAGUUAGUUCAGGUAAAAACACAGUGUUACAUUUAUUGAUUAAUAUUGAAAAAAAAUACAUAAAAAGCUGCUCAUUUCUUUGAAA